CGACUGGGUUUCCUGGUUCACCGUGAGACUGGUCCCUCUCCUGCCCAGCUUGACUGCGGAGAUGCUUCAGACAGUGACAUCAUACACAGACUGCAACGCGUACCGCGUCGUCAUCCAUGCUCUGAGCGGCGUCUUUGACCAGAUUACUUCGCUAAGACAGCAGGAGCUCGCCCCAGUCAUGUUAGGCUACCUGAAGCAGCAUUACCCAUGGAGCUCAAGCUGUUGGUCCGGCACCGGCGGCCUUGGCGCUUGGCUUGAGGAGAGCUUUGGCAAAUUCUCCAUCUACGUGGAUUACCAAGACCUGCGUGUCCUCAACGCAGGCUUCGACAGCUUUGAGUCUUUGGACCUCCUGAGCGCUUCUCAAGUGGCUCAACUGACACUACACUCUGGAGCGCUGAACAACUUACAGCUGAUAGAACUGGUCUUUGACCGCCUGGAGGGCGGCAACUCUUUCCAGGACAUUGAAGAGUUCUUGGAGGCUCUCGCACGGACAUCGCAGGGUUUGGACAUCAGUCCCGUGGUGAGGGACGUCAUGAUGAAUCGCACCUUCGCCAUCAUCAUGAGCGGGAAAUGCCAUGCCGUGAGGCGCCAUCCUGACCUUUUCUCUCCAUCUGUCCACUGUAGCAUCCGUGCUCUGAGCGGCGUGUUUGACCAGAUUACUUCGCUAAGACAGCAGGAGCUCGCCCCAGUCAUGUUAGGCUACCUGAAGCAGCAUUACCCAUGGAACUCAAGCUGUUGGUCCGGCACCGCCGGCCUUGGCGCUUGGCUUGAGGAGAGCUUUGGCAAAUUCUCCAUCUACGUGGCUUACCAAGACCUGCGUGUCCUCAACGCAGGCUUCGACAGCGUAAGGAGCCCGCCAAACUAA